AUGGCAGACUUCAACUCAGUCGCCACUCAAUUCACUCAAUUCUACUACCAAACAUUCGAUGCGGGUCGACAAAAUCUAGCUGGGCUCUAUCGCGAAAAUUCCAUGCUCACAUUUGAGACGAACCAAGUUCAAGGGGUCGCCAGCAUCAUCGACAAGCUCACAUCACUGCCUUUUAAAUCGACACAGCACAAAAUUGUCACGAGUGAUGCACAACCUUCAAAUGACUCCGGAGGGAUCUUAGUGAUGGUCACAGGGCAGCUAGUGAUCGACGACAGCGAACAUCCUCAGAACUACGCGCAGACCUUCCAGAUUUUGCCCGAUGGCAGUGGCAGCUACUAUGUCUUCAAUGAUGUUUUUAGAUUGCUUUAUGGCUAG